AUGCGCUCCGCGCCGCCGCGCGCGAGGCUGCUCGACGGGACGCGCGCCGUCGCCGCUGUGUAUGGGGCAAGCGUGGAUGCGGGCGCCGUGCCGCUCGUGGUGUCGUCUACUAGCUGGACGGCCGACGAGGACUUUUCGCCGCUCCUCGCCGCCUUGCGCGCUAUGGACGCACGCGGCGAGGAGCUGCUGGUGGUGAUCACGGGCAAGGGGCCGCUGCGGUCGGGCUUCGAGGAGCAGCUGCGGGAGGCAGACCUCCGACAUAUCGGGGUGUGGCUGGCGUGGCUCCCCUACGACGACUAUCCGCGGCUGCUCGGCUGUGCUAGCGUUGGGGUGUCGAUGCACCAGAGCUCGUCCGGGCUCGAUCUCCCCAUGAAGGUGGUGGACAUGCUGGCGGUCGGCACGCCCGUGCUGGCGCGGCGCUUCGCCUGCAUCGGCGAGCUGGUGCUGGACGGCAUUACCGGGUUGCUGUUUGACGACGCACGCGAGCUCGAAGAGUUGCUGCGCAAGUGCGUGUGGGGAGGAGCCGCGGCGCGCAUGCGAGAGCAAGUGAAGCAACGGUUCGCCCGCGAGGAGAUGCAGUGGCAGCAUGGCUGGGAGCGAUGCGCAAUGCCCACGUUGGCCCUGGGGGCGGCACAGCGUCCGUGA